AGUAGUGAAGAGACUGAUAAAUAUACUGAGUCCUGCUAAAUUUACCAUCAUAUCGAGAAGAAACUCUGUCAGGAGUUGGAGGAAGAGUUCUGAGGAACCAGGAAGGGUUUCUGAAUCUUCACAGACUGAGAGACAAGAAGAAGAGACAGUAAAGGAAGAAAUAAACAGAAAUGAAGAAGAAGGAAAGAUAAAGAAAGAAAUGGAGAAGCAAGAGAGCAAGGUUGGUGGAAAUGAGCAUGCGCAUUCGGAGGUUGGAACCUCUAGAUUGAAUAUUAACAGUUCAGUGGUUUGGUUGCCUCCAAAGCUUCGCAAAUCUAAAACAUUUCCUCCAGUACUGAGUCCUUGCAACGCAUCCAAUUUGCCUCUGGAAUUAAGUCACACUGGCGCAUCAAAUGUGCCUCCGGUAUUUAGCCCCAGUAACGCCUCAAAUGUUCCCUCGGAAUUAAGUUUCUGUGACGCCUCCAACGUGCCUCCAGAAUCGAAUCUUUGUGACGCCUCCAAUGUGCCUCCGGAAUCGAAUUCUUGUGACGCCUCCAAUGUGUCACAAUCUUUGUAUGAUGUCCCAGUUCAGCUGAACAGGCGCCGCCUUAGCGAACCCUGGAAUUCUACGAAAAGGAAAGCGCCAGCACAUCAAACUACUAAUCAUCCUCAAGGUAGAGUUACAGGCGGUUUUAUCAAUCAGUCCUUUGAAGAGGGUCAACCUGACCAGAAACUGCAUGUGAACCUUGAUAGUUAGACUUUCCCGAGAAAUAAAAACUUUCCUGUCCAAAGAAAUCAAAAUCGGAUGACUAAUAAUCAAGCAAUUAUAUCAGACAAUUUAAAUGCACAAUGUUAACAACAUGCCUGACUCAGAAAAUGCGGAAAAGAAAGACAGCAAAAUGGUGAACUACAAUAAUAACCAGAAAACGCGGAAAUAGGAAGACGACUUUAUAGCAAUAUUUAAGUGUAUUUGAUGUUAUUACAAAGAAAAUAGUUUUACUGGACACUUAGUAUCACAAAAAAAGUGAAAUGAGUCUACUUACAUUUUACACUGCACAAUUUUUGCAUCCCACGCAUAUUGGAGUAUUUAAAGUCAUAACUUAAGUCUAAAAGUCGUCUUC